AAAAAAAUUUGAACUGGUAUUAACCACAAAUGAUUGUUACGUAGACAGAAGGGCAUUUAAAUUCACGGAAAUGGGCAUCCUAAGUUAUGUUUAUAGGCUUAUAUCGAACCAUCAAAUUUAUGAAUUAAUCGAAGAAUAAUGAGGUCAGGUAUGUGAAUCAAAGAACGGGCUCGGUUGCCUUUGUUACCCAGUUUCAAUCUUUUGGGGUCUUUGUUCUGACUCUAGCCGUGCUUGAACUCCUCCGUUCUUCCCUGCGAGUUGAUCUCCAACGACUGCCCUCUGGAGUGGGUGGUGGAGUGGCGACUGCAGCUGCUUUGUUUCUUUCUGCCAUAACUAAGGUUUGGUGUGUUGGGCUGGGCUUAUGAACCUUUUAGUUUUAGCCAUGGGUUGUUUUGUUUGCUGAGCUAGACUUCAUUAUUUUCUAGCCUGUUGGUCUGUUUUAUUUAGGCUCUUAUAUUUGGGCUUUGACCAUGUAUGAUUUAUUCCCAUUGGCACAAAUGAUAUUCCUAGAAAAAAAAAUAAAGAGCCUAGAAUAAUUAUAAUUAUAGCUAAUUAUUGUUAGAGAAAUGACUUUUUUUUUUUUUUUCUUUUGUAAGAGGUGAGAUUAUGUUAGGGUUUGUACUUUAGCCUUUUUACGUGCUGGAUUAAUGGCUAUAAGGGGAGGACUGCAGAUUACUGAGUCAAUGACACUUGAUGAUGAGGAAGGAGACACUUUGCUGCAACUGCAACUGAUGGGUCAUGGGAACACUUUCAAGAGUCGGCAGAUAAAUAAAUAAUUAAUAUAACUAAUUCUGGAAAAAGUAAGCUUUUUUUCAACAUUAGAAAAGUAUUAGCCCUCUUAUUUGUGGGUCACAAUUUCCCGGGAUGAAAGAUCCUCCAUAGAUAAUUUCUCUUACAUCUUUCAUGAACCUUUUGAGAUUUGAACAAAAUACACCAGGGACAUGCACAAAGAUAGGAAGAGAGAAGCAUGAAGGGAGAAGGGAAAAGAGAAAAGGAAGGAAUAUCACUCCCUACCUUCUCUACCCUCUCUCUUAAAUGCUUCUUGCCUAUUUUAUACCUUCUCUAGCUUCCUUGUACAUUUUUCCUUUCAAAAUCCUUCUUCUAACUUUCUUGAAUAUCUGCAUACAAGUCACUUCAUUUUCUUUCUUAACUUCCUCGCUCUUAUCCUGUUCUUUACCAUUCUUAUACUAAAAUGGAUGCAGCAAAACGAGCAAUGUGUACAGAUGAUCUUUUAAACCCACUUACUACCACCUUCGUGCAGAGCUGCAUUAUGCUUCUUAUCUCCCAGUUCUUUCAUGUAGUCCUGAAGCCCCUGGGACAACCAGGACCUAUAGCGCAGAUUUUGGCAGGAUUGGUGCUAGGUCCCUCAUUGUUAUGCCGGAUAAAGAAAAUCGGAGAAUUGUUCGAUCAGCGUGAUUUCUCUGAUUACAACUUCAUUGUCUCCUUCAUUUUCCGCAUCCUUUUUAUGUUCUUGAUCGGUCUUGAGACAGAUAUUCCUUACAUAAAGCGAAACUUUCGCCAAGCAAGCAUGAUUGCAUGUGGGGGCAUAAUUGCCUGUAGUGCCUUUGGAGCAGCAAUCACUAUCUUUGUAAUCCGUAUGUUGAUAAUAAAUGAGCACAAGCUUAUUUUCGCCCAUAUUAUCAUGAUAAUCUUAGCAAGCUCAGCCCCUCCUGUGGUGAUUCGUUUGAUAACUGAAUUAAAGUUUCAUACAGCAGAAGUAGGGAGAUUGGCAAUAUCUUCAUCUUUGAUUAAUGAAAUGUCUUGUAUGAUAUGGUAUGAUAUAGUUAUAGCUUUCACCUCAGGAAAAAUGUUUGGUCAUGGGAUUCUAUGCCUUGUUUUCACUGUGUUAGCCGUUGUUCUAAAUAGAUUCUUAGCAAUUUGGUAUAACAGGAGGAGGCAGAACCAAAGAUAUUUGCCAGGCACUGAUGUGUUAACCAUUUUGUCGCCCAUUAUAUUUUUCUCAUUUCUUAUUGAAGAAUUUGGAUACAACAGUACAAUUUCUUGUUUCUUCAUCGGUGUGAUGUUCCCCAGGGAAGGAAAAACAACUAGGACAUUGUUGCAUAAACUUACUUACUCUGUUAAUAAUUUCAUCCUUCCCAUUUACUUUGGCUUCAAUGGCUUCAGGUUCGAUGUAAGUUAUCUGGGUAGUUUUAGAAAUGUUAUUGUUGUUGUCCUUGUGAUCGUGCUCAGCAUUGGGGGCAAAAUUAUUGGAACACUAGUCGCUUGCCAUUAUCUAAAGAUUCCAAGGAAUGAGGGAGUGAUCCUUGCAUUUAUUCUCAACUUGAAAGGCCAUGGAGAACUUCUACUCAUUGAUGUAGUCCCCAAGUCCAAGGCCUUUGAUUGGUGGGAUGAUAACUUUCACAACUUGGUGAUAAUAGUAGUAGUGCUUAACACAUUUAUUGCAGGACCAGUAGUGUCUUGUAUAUUAAAAAGAGAAGAAAAAUACUCACAAGGUCACAACUCACUUGAAAUUGAUGAUGGUCCUCAGAGUGAACUCAGGAUUCUGUUUUGUGUUUAUAGCUCUCGCCAUAUAUCAGCAAAAAUUGGUUUAAUCUCAGCAUUGAAUGGGUUUAAAAAGGUCCCCAUCAGACCUUAUUUGAUGUACUUAGUUGAGCUACCCAAAAAACGCUGCAAAACCAAUUUGAUGUACCACGAGCUAGAAGAUGGAGAUCAAUAUAGUGAUGAAGAAGACUAUGGUGGAAAUGAUGUGCUAGAGAUAAAUGAUGCUGUAGAUAAUUUCAGUACAGAGACUAAAGUUAUUGUUUACAUAAAAAAAGUUGUUUCAUCCUUUGCAGCCAUGUUUGAGAAUGUCUGCAACAGCGUUGAGGACUUCCGAGUAUCUAUUCUAAUCCUCACUUAUCACAAGCAUCAACGCCUUGAUGGGAAAAUGGAAAUCAGUAAGGAAGGUGUUAGAAUGAAUAAUCAGAAGAUUCUUCGUCAUGCCCGGUGCUCGAUUGGGAUCUUUGUGGAUAAAGGUCAGACUGGCUUUCAACAGCCUAACCCUGAAGUGGAGCAGAAUGUAGUAACAUUAUUUUUCGGAGGCCCUGAUGAUCGUGAAGCAUUGGCAUUUAGCAAAAGAAUUGCCUGUCACCCUCGUAUUAAUUUGACUGUCAUCCGCUUCCAACAAGCGACAUUGGGAGAGCAAGAUAAUGCAUCCAUCAGCAAUGAUGAAGUACUUCUGACAAUAUCAGCCUCUGAGGUUGAGAAUGCAAUAGACAAUGUCUCCAUGGAAGAUUUCUGCAAAAGAUAUGUUUCGUCGGGUAAAGUUCGAUAUUUGGAGAAGCAUGUCAACAAUGGGCUGGAAACACUGGAGGUUCUAAAUGAAAUUAAGGAGAUGUAUUCAUUGAUCAUAAUAGGGAAGGGUGCACGAGGGUACUCACCCAUGACAACAGGUUUGAGUGACUGGGAAGAGUGUCCAGAGCUGGGGACAGUUGGAGAUCUCCUGGCAUCUUCGGAAUUCAACAUCAGUGGUUCAAUUUUGGUCAUUCAACAAAAUAGGCAUUCCAGGAAUCAUCAUUGCUGCCUUAUGCAUGAUUAGUUAUUAUUGGAUAUAUAAAUAUAUAUACAUACAUAGUUGUACAUGAUAAAAAUGUAUCAGUAGGUUAGCUAUUGGCAAAUGUAGUUGCCAAAUGUACAGCUUUUGAUUAAAAGUGUAGUCUGAUAGAAUUAUUAGAAACUUCGGAGAAUUUGUUGGCUAAGAAUACUUGAAUUUGGAAUGGGUUUUGUAAAUGUACUAAAAUUCUCAAUAUGGUGCUGGGACUAGAUUAACCUGUCUGAAUUAUGAAAGAAAGAGAAUGAAAUAACAGUAAUUGCUGCA